AUGGCCACCGCAGACUCCCUAUCCAAGAAACAGCGCAAGCGCAGCGACUAUGGCUUCUUCCAAGCACACCAGACCCGAUGGUUCGACAACGACAUGUACGCGCACCUCAACAACGCAGUGUACACACAUCUCUUCGACACAAUCGCCAACACAUGGUUAAUCAAGGAGUGUGGUAUGGACCCGUUCAGCUACAACAACCCGACUCCGGGACACUCAAGCUCGACUUCGUCAGGGAAGGUUGGCGCGGAUAUGAUCGGGCUGAUUGUGUCUACGCACGCUGAUUUCUUUGCUUCGGUGCGGUUUCCGGAUUUGUUGGAGGUUGGGUUGAGGGUUAAUCGGUUGAGCAAGUCGAGUGUUACGUGGGAGGUGGGGAUUUUUAAGAGUGGGGAGGAGGAUGUUAAGAUGGUGGGCACUUAUACGCAUGUUUUUGUUUUGAGGGAGACUAUGAGGGUUUCGAAGGAUGGGAUGGAGGAGAAGACUAGACGGGGGUUGGAGAAGUUGCUUGUUAAGGAGGGGGCGAAGUUGUGA